CACAAAGUAUUAAAGUCAUAUUUUAUGAUUGGCUAUGUAAUAAAUAGUUAAAUUUUCCUAUGUUCAUUUUAAGUUUAUUGAAAAAUUGUUGUUGUCUUCUAGUAUGAUUUUUUUUUUACCCAGUUUCAAAUCAAAAUAUUUUUUGCUCAUACAACGAACGAUAAUAAUUACAACUUAUUAUUUAUCAGUUUAAAUUUGAUUACGUGAAUUCGUACAUCAUGUAACUCUUAAUGUUUGAUUUGGCGAAUUUAUUAAAUUUAUUAAUCAAAUUUAAAAUAGGAAGUAUUUAGUAUGAUUUUCAAUGUAUAUAAAGUUAUUGACGUUUUUAUACAAUUAUGAAAGUGUAUUUUUUAUGAUGUUCAUAACUACAAUCAUUCAAAUUUUGGCCAGCCUACUGGGUACUAUUAAUGGAGCGAAUAUCUUAGGAGUAUUUCCUGUAACAAGUUAUAGUCACUGGACUGUGUAUGAAAGUGUAAUGAUAGCAUUAGCUGACCGUGGUCACAAUGUAACCGUCAUCACAUCAUUUCCACAAAAGUCACUGGUGAAAAAUUUAGUAGAAAUUGACGUUUCCGAGUCAUUUCCUUCUUCAUCAAAUAAAUUAAGUAUUGAUAAAGCAACUAACGUUGUAUCCAAUGCAUUUACCAAUCAAAAAUUAGUAGCUGCUCUAUCAUUGAGAUUGUGCAAAAAAGGAAUACAACUUCCUCAAGUGCAGUAUUUACUUAAGAGUAACAUUCAAUUUGAUGUGGUCUUUACAGAAAUAUUUGGUGCAGAUUGUGAUGUUGGAUUUGCUUAUCAUUUUAAAGCACCUUUAGUGUCUAUUAUAUCUAGUACAUAUUUGCCUUGGUGCUAUGAUCGUGUUGGUAAUCCAGAUAAUCCAUCUUAUAUUUCAACUGUGCUGACUAAAGCAACAAACAACAUGAAUUUUUUCCAACGAGUUACUAAUACUCUUAAUUAUAUCAUUCACUUAAAAAUACUUUGGAAAAUUUUAAGUGAUUGGCCCACUGAACAUUUUCUUAAAGAAACAUAUGGAUCAAAUACUCCACAUAUUAAUGACAUAGUGUAUAAUACUUCAAUGGUCUUUGUGAACAGUCAUUUUACACUUGACGGAUCCCGUCCAUUAGUACCUAAUAUGGUAGAAAUAGGUGGAAUUCAUGUUAAAACGCCUAGAUUAUUACCCCAGAAUAUUUUAAAAUUUAUUGAAGAGUCACCUAAUGGAGUUCUUUUUUUUACACUUGGAUCUAUGGUCCGGAGUUCGUCUAUACCAACUAAUGUGCUUCAAAUUUUUAUGGAUGUAUUUGCGUCACUGCCAAUUAGAGUUCUAUGGAAAUAUGAAAGUGAUAUGCUAGAAAAACCGGAUAAUGUUUUUCUAAGCAAAUGGAUGCCCCAGAGAGACAUUCUUGAUCAUCCAAAAGUCCAAAUUUUUAUGACACAUGGAGGCAAUUUAGGCAUAAUUGAAGCUGUUCACGUCGGUAAACCUGUUAUAGGGAUUCCAUUUUUUCUAGAUCAACCUAGAAAUAUCAUAAAAUUAGUAGAACAAGGUGCUGGAAUAAUGUUAGAUUACAAAUCACUUACAAAAGAAACUCUUUAUCAUGCUAUUAAUUCGAUGAUACAGAAUUCUAGUUACAAUAUAAAUGCCAAAAUUCUAUCUAAGAGAUUUCAUGAUCGACCUAUGUCAGCUUCAAAAACUGCUGUCUAUUGGACAGAAUAUAUUAUAAAAAAUAAGGGAGCAUUGGAAUUACGUAACGCAGCCAUAAAAAUACCAUGGUGGAAACUACACUCUAUUGAUAUGGUUUUAUUUGUUGCAGUGAUACUUUUAUGUACACUUUACAUAAUUUUUAUUUUAUUUAAAAUUAUAUUAAAAUUUCUAUUAUAUUUAACUGUACCAAAGACGAUAAGUAUAUUAACUUUUUGUCUUGUUUAUUAUUCAAUUUGCAUAAAUGGGGCGAAUAUCUUAGGAGUAUUUCCUCUCAACGGUUACAGUCAUUGGACUGUAUCUGAAAGUAUAAUGAAAGCGUUGGCAGCCCGAGGACAUAAUGUAACUGUAAUUUCACCAUUUCCACAAAAAUCAUCUGUUUUUAACUACACAGACAUUGACAUAUCGGACGCUUUUUUCUCAAUGGUAAACAAAAUGAAUACUGAUAUGGUCCUUACGGGAAAGUUAUCAAACUUACAUAGCCUUCAACAAUAUAUAUCUAACCAUCAAUUGAAUCUUUGUCGUAAAGGAAUAAAACUUCCUCAAGUACAAGCAUUACUAAACAGUGGCAUUAAAUUUGACGCGGUUUUUACAGCAAUUUUUGCAUCGGAUUGUGAUGUAGCGUACGCAUAUCAUUUUAAAGCUCCACUUUUGUCUGUUAUGUCUACAGCACAUUUACCUUACACAUACGAUCGUGUCGGUGGUCCAGAUAAUCCAUCAUAUGUGCCUACAACUACAACAAAAGCAGUUGGCAAAAUGAAUUUUAAACAACGUUUAAUAAAUACUCUUUACAAUAUUUAUUUUAAAUAUACGUGGAAGAUCAAUAGUGAAUGGCCCGCUGACAUGUUUUUAAAGGAAACAUUUGGGCCCAAUACUCCUUACAUAAAUGAUAUUGUAUACAAUACAUCUUUAGUAUUUGUAAAUGGCCAGUUCUCAUUGGAUGGACCUCGUCCACUUGCAAACAAUAUGGUGGAAAUUGGAGGAAUCCAAAUCCAGAAUAGGAAACCAAUACCAAAGGAUAUAUUAAAGUUUAUUGAAGAUUCUCCAAAUGGUGUAAUGAUAUUUUCAAUGGGAUCAUUUAUGCGUGUAUCAUCAUUACCUAAACAUAUUCUUCAAAUCUAUAAAGAUGUUUUUUCAAAACUGUCUGUUAGAGUUUUAUGGAAAUAUGAAGAAGAAAUGCCAGACAAACCUGACAAUGUGUUCAUUAGUAGCUGGUUGCCUCAAAGAGAUAUUUUAAGUCAUCCAAAAGUUAGACUUUUUAUGACACAUGGAGGUAAUUUGGGUAUACUUGAAGCUGUAUAUUCAGGCGUGCCAGUUAUCGGAAUUCCAUAUUUUUUCGAUCAGCCUAGAAAUAUAUUAAAGGUUGUUGAGCAAUGUGCUGGAAUUUUACUAGAAUACGAAUCGUUAACUAGAAAGACCCUAAGUGAUGCUAUAAAUAAAAUUUUAAUAAACAAAAACUAUUCUGUUAAUGCAAAGAAGUUAUCUGAAAAAUUUAAAGAUCGACCACUAAAUGCUACUGAGGCUGUAAUUUACUGGACAGAUUAUGUAAUACGACAUAAAGGUGCUCCCAACUUAAGAAAUACAGCUGUUAAUAUUUCAUUGUGGCAAUAUUUUCUUGUUGUUGAUAUAGGCUUUUUUAUAAUAGCUAUAUUUUUAAUACUUUUAAUAAUGUAUUUUAUGGCUAAAUUUUCAUACGAAAUAUUAAAAAAAAAAAAGUUCUUAAAUUAAAUACUAUAUAAAAUAAUUUUUUUUUAAAUUUUUAUAAUUAUAUUUAAUUAGAUCAUGCUGCAAUAAUAUAAUCAGUGUAUACAUUUUUA